AACUUCCACUGCAACAAGAUUCUGAUCGGGUUCUGAUGGUCCAGCAGCUCCAGAACCACGGCAGGACGUGGAGUCUGGACCAGGAGGAACCAGAACUAUCACUGAAGCAAGAGUACCAGGAGAAUCCAGAACCGUCCUGGAUCAAACAGAACCAGGAGGAUCUGUGCGUCUGUCAGGAGGACGAGCAGCCGGACCCGGAGACGUUCAUGACGGUUCCGACUGAUGAAGAAAGUGAUCAGACUGAACCAGAACCAAACCCUGGGUCAGAACCUCUUCAAGGAUCCAAAGUCAAGUCCAGUGAGAAGAGAAGAAAAUAUGCAGAAAGUUCUUCUGGGUCGGAGAGUCUGGAUGAUGGUGGUGGUGGAGCAGCGUCCCCAGCCGAGGACGUUGUCUCUGCAGGUCCAGAGGGAGGACGACCUUCGACCUCAUCGACCCCGCCGCUGCGUGGCUCCGACAGCGGACCCUGUGAAACGCCGUCCGCUCACCGGUCAGCAACCAGCUGGGCCCGGCGGACUCCAGUAGCAGAGAGUCUGUAUUCCUGCAACACCUGCGGGAAACGCUUCCGGUUCAACUGCCGCUACUUGUCCCACAUGAGGACCCAUACGGGGGAGAAACCGUUCUCCUGCAGGCAAUGUGGGAAAAGUUUCACUCAGGGAGGAAGUUUGUGGCGACACGUCAGAACACAUUCCGGAGAGAAACCGUUCAUCUGCAGAACAUGUGGGCGGAGCUUCAGCCAGAAGACGGGUCUGCUGGGCCACAUCAGGACUCAGCACAGAGGGGCGGAGCCAGGCUCUGGCUGA